AUGAAGGUUCCGUGUUUUGUUUUAUCAUUAUUUCCCUUAUUGCUAUCUACCACCUCUAUUGCUCUUUGUGAAAAAACAGCACAACAUCAUAUUAACGAAGGCAAUGUGCUCUUAAGCUCUGGUCGUUUUGACGAUGCCCUUAAAAGCUUCGAUGCCGCAAUUCAACAAGAUCCACAAAAUUACCUGUGUUAUUUCAAACGGGCUGCAACACACUUGUCAUUAGGCAGAAGUUCCUCUGCACUAGAAGACUUUUCAAAAACUUUGGCACUUAAACCGGAUUUUGACCAAGCAUUAUUACAGCGAUCGAAAAUAUAUGUGAAGGAAGGUUCUUACGUUGAGGCCAAACGUGACUUAAAGAAUUAUAUAAGUAAAAAUCCAGAUGAUGCGGAUUCUAAAAUACUGUUGACUUCAGUUAAAGAAGCUGAGGAUGCAAUCAGAGAUGCGGAUGCUUCAAUAAAAUUCAAAAAAUAUGACGAAAGCAUUAAGCUUUUAAGUAAAGCAAUUUCAGUUUCUCCACAUUACUCAAGUCUAAGAUUGAAGCGAGCAAAAUGUCAUUUUGAAAAAGGAGAAGUGGAAGAAGGUGUACGAGAUUUAACUCAAACAUCUAAUCGGAACCCAUCGGACGCAGAACUUUUAAUGCGCUUGUCGAGAAUAAACUAUUUUGCACUCUAUCAACCUGAACAAUCGCUUCAAAAUAUUAAGAAGUGCUUACAUUUUGAUCCUGAGCACAAAGAAUGUAAAGCCAUUUUCCGACGAAUUAAAAAACUAGAAAAGAGUGUAUCCCGAGUCGAAAAAGAUAUGGAAGGGCAUCGAUGGCAACUAGCCAUCGAUAAGUUGUUUGGGAUUGGAAGUGAGAAAGGUCACGGAUUAAUUAAAGAAAUCAAAGAAGAGCAUCGUGGUCUAAAAGAGGGACGUUCAAGUGAAAAAUUAUUUAUAAAAUUAUACGAAUUGACAUGUAAAGCUUAUAAAGAGUUGAAAGAUGGACAUAAAGCAAUUAAAUGGUGUUCGUCUGCUCUAAAUCUCGACUCUGAAAAUAUCGAGGCACUAAUUAACCGGGCUGAAGCAUAUAUAUUGAUUGAAGAUUAUGAAGCAGCAGCUCGAGAUUAUUCUAAAGCUCUCGAGAUCAACAGUGAAGAUGAGCGAGUCAAGAAAGGAUACCAAAAAACACAUCGUCUCCUAAAGUCGUCAAAAUCCAAAGAUUAUUAUAAAAUACUAGGAGUACCGCGUUCUGCGUCUAAAAAAGACAUUAAAAAAGCAUUCCGUAAACUUGCACAAGAAUGGCACCCAGACAAAUAUAGAGGAAGUUUAUCACGUGAAGAAGUUGAGUCCAAAAUGAGUGCAAUCAAUGAGGCUUAUGAAGUUUUAAGUGAUGAAGAAUUACGGGAACGGUUUGACAACGGAGAGGAUCCAAAUGAUAUUUCGGGUGGGUCCCAACAAUUUCAUGGCAAUCCUUUUGCUCAUUUCGUCAAGACAGGAGGUGGUAGUUUUUCUUUUGGUGGUGGUUUUCCAUUUGGAUCAUCUCAAAGUGAAGGAAAAAAUCCUUUUG